CCGACGGCCCCUCACUUCUAGAAGCCACUGGCGGCUCCUGGGCAAUGCGAUCAGCGCAACAACACCUCUCAGCCUCAGCUGUCGUGUCCGGUCGAUUAGAACCAUGUGCAACGCUUUGCCUUUUGGUUGUCACAAUUGGAAUGUCCACGUCGAUCGGUCUGGAAAGCUCCAAGGGCUUCGUUUUGCUGAUGGCCACAGCAGCCAAGCCGAAGCCUCCCAAUCGCUCUUGCUCUGUCUCACUUCACGCCUUCAUUUACGAUGUUCCAUGACCAUGCCACGGAAUUCGAGAAUCAUCUGAGAAGCUCAAUCUCACUCCAGCUGGUGAUGUUUCAUGAUGAAGUGUGUGGAAGGUGCUGCUGUCGGACCUCAUGCGUAUAUAAUCCCCAGAGAGACCCGGCUUGAGCCCUCAUCCUUUCCUCUAGUCAUCAAAUCAACAAG